GAUGUUUUUAUUUCAACUAUUUCAAGAAAUUAAAAUGUGCACUGUGCAGUUUUCUUCUUAAUCUUCGAAAAUAAGGAAAACCUCGUGGUAGUCGUGGUGAAACAUUUUCCUAUCCGUCUAUAAUACGAGUAACUUACUAUCAUUUCGAAGCAGAAUCAUGUCUUCGCCUUCGCUCGAACUCGAACCAUUAUGUAAUUUCCGUCGGAAUCCGUCUAGUUUGGCACAUCUAGCUUCGAUAGUAUCUGCAGCGAUGCUGACCCGUCCGGUAACCACGAUCAACCCAACCAAACCUCCUGUUAAAUUGCGAAAUAUCGUCGAAUUGCCAUUAACCAUCGAACGCAAGAUCGAUCAUUUUACGAAACUGGUGAAGCAGCAAAUAUCAUCAUGGUGCCGUUUUUACGAUGAAAAUGUAUUCUUCGAUAGAUCGUGUGAUCCAGCUCGAGGAUAUUUCGACGUGUUAGUUUGGUCAGACGACGGUACCGUUAAUUACGAGGAAACAGCUCGAGAGAUGCUGAAACAAGACAACUUGAGCGCCGAGGAAAAGUACAGAAUCGCGUGUAACCAUUGCUUGAAAAAUGUGAUCAGAAAGUUGAGGUUAAAUUUGAAAACCGAGGUUAAUAUGGUAAGAGCCAAACAUAAUUAUCCUUUGGUGUAUUACUGGGAAUAUCUUUGCAGAAACGGUAAGACUAUAGCUGGAUUGAGCAAACAUAUUCUCAACAUGGUGGUAUUCAGUGGUAAAUUUUACCCAGCUUGUGCUGUCGAUUAUUUCUUGCAUCGUUUAAAUUUAGAAAAACGGAGUGAUUUUUUCCAUUCUCGCUAUGAGGUAUUGCCUUUCAAAAGUUUGGAAAAAUUUUUGAUGCGAUUUAGUAACGAAGAAUUAUUGCCGUUGAUGACGGGCGCACGAGUAUGUGGUUUUAUGAAAGAAGUGAUGGUGAAGUACUGGAUGCACGCGGAUUUCCUGCUGCAAGUGUGGAUUCGUAUACAAGAUAUCUUUUCUGAGUUCUAUUUUCGUGCUUUGAUGAAAACUUUCGUAUUGAUUGAGGUGACGAUGCCUGUUGACUCGAUCGAACAUGCGUCGCUGGCUGUAGAAAUCUUCAAUCAUUCUCCUUUCGAGUAUCGAUUGGCGGUAUUUAAAGAUUACAUCGAUAAUAAUUGGUGGACGCAUUAUGUAAGCUCGAUGGACGUUCGACUAGAUAUUGCCGUUUUAUCUACCAGUCCUGAACGAUACGAAUUCUGGAUUGAAAAUUGGAGCGAAAUAUUUUUUGAAUACCCUGCUGACUGUUUCGAGCAGUUCAUGAAGGUAUGUUGUAAAAACCAAGAAGGGGGAUGUGAAGAAUUCAAGGUGAAAGUCAUGAAUAACAGCUCAUUAAAUUUGUUCUUGUGCGUUUUAUUGGAAAAAAUGCAAAUUUCCAAAUUGAAUGAUUUUUUCAACGUGUUUUCGUCAGAUUCGGCUAGAAUUAUGCGAACUAAGCAGAAUAUGCUGCGAUAUUACUUCUUAGAAGACACUUAUACAUAUGAAAGAAAACUAUUAGAUUUUCCUCAUUUGCCUCAGUCUAAUGAGCUCAUUGAUUUUAUCGAAGGUUCGUUUGAAAAUGAUCCAGUAGCUCGUGAUCUUAAAAGACAGGUUUUGGAGUCGGCGACGAAUUGUUGUUCGAGGCGAUUUUGUUUGCAUGGCAAGAGGUAGUGAUAUGUUCAGUUGGCUUGUAAGGAUUCUGUGUGGGUGUGUAUUUGAUGUUCUGAUGAUGAUUUCAAGCUAUAGUAUGACACAAAAGUAGUGCCCGGUUGCUUUUAUUUCUAAGUGGAAAGAGCUACAGAGAUAAAUGAAGAGGCGUUGAGUAGGGAAAGAUAAGGGCUUUCAAAAGCGACCUUGAAAAUUUCAGGCCCAUGCACAGGGUGUCCACAAAUUGAUAAACUGGUUUGGUCCAAAAAUUCAAACUGGUUUUUAUUGGCGCAAUGUAUUCUACACACCAAGGCGACAAAAACGUGAUAUGAAUUUUUUGAAACCGGUUCAUUAAUUCGCAACCAGUUACCAAAAAAUAUCCAAAAAUUGUAGAUAGAGAAAAAAGCUCUAACAAAAAUUGUAGAACGUGAAAAGUAACACAAUUCUGUCUAAUAACAUUUUGAAACCGGUUCAUUGGUUCGCAUUUAGCAACCAGUUUUUGACAAUCAUAUGAAAGUUGGAGAUGGAGAAAAAAGCUUGAAGCUGAAGUUGUAGUGGAGCGUGACGUGACUAAUUGAACCAUUUUUGCUUAUCGGAUUUUGAAAAUGGCUAAUUUACUUGCAACCCGGUAUCUUUUGAUGACUUGCUGCGAAUUAAUGAACCGGUUUACAAUCCAAUCACCAAAAGCAAAAAUUGUUCCAUUUUUCACACGCUACAACUUUUUUAAAAGCUUUUUUCUCUAUUUUCAAUUUGUAGGUGAUUGUCAAAAACCGGCUGUUGAAUGCGAAUCAAUGAACCGGUUUCAAAAUGCGAUAGAACAGAAUUGUGUGAUUUUGCAUGCCCCACAACUUUUGUUUCAAGCUUUUUUCUCAAUCUCCAAUUUUUAGGUAAUUUUUAAUAACUGGUUGCAAAUCAAUGAACCGGUUUCAAAAUCUGAUUAGUGAAAAUUGUUCAAUUUUUCACACUCUAAAACGUUUGUUUCAAGCUUUUUUUCUCUAUCUUCAACGUUUGGGUGAUUGACAAAAACUGGUUGCUAAAUGCGAACCAAUGAACCGGUUUCAAAAUGUUAUACGACAGAAUUGUGUAAUUUUUCACGCUCUACAACUUUUGUUCCAAGUUUUUUUCUCUAUCUACUAUUUGGGUAUCUUUUGUUGACUGGUUGCAAAUUAAUGAACCGGUUUCAAAAUCCGAUCAGCGAAAAUGGUUCAAUUUUUCACGCUCUACAACUUUUGUUUCAAGCUUUUUUUCUCUAUCUCCAACGUUUGGGUGAUUGACAAAAACUGGUUGCUGAAUGCGAACCAAUGAACCGGUUUCAAAAUGUUAUACGACAGAAUUGUGUAAUUUUUCACGCUCUACAACUUUUGUUCCAAGUUUUUUUCUCUAUCUACUAUUUGGGUAUCUUUUGUUGGCUGGUUGCAAAUUAAUGAACCGGUUUCAAAAUCCGAUCAGCGAAAAUGGUUCAAUUUUUCACGCUCUACAACUUUUGUUUCAAGCUUUUUUUCUCUAUCUCCAACGUUUAGGUGAUUGUCAAAAACUGAUUGCUAAAUGCGAACCAAUGAACCGGUUUCAAAAUGUGAUUAGACAGAAUUGUGUAAUUUUUCACGCUCUACAACUUUUGUUUCAAGCUUUUUUCUCUUAUCUUCAAUUUAAUGAACCGGUUUCAAAAAAUUCAUAUCUCGUUUUUGUCGCCUUGGAUUGUAGAAUACAUUGCGCCAAUAAAAACCAGUUUGAAUUUUUUGACCAAACCGGUUUGUCAAUUUGUGGACACCCUGUGCAUUGGCUUAAAAUUUUCAAGGUCGCUUUUGAAAGCCCUCACCCUGACUUUUCCCUACUCAACGUUGCUUCAUUCAUCUCUCUAGCUCUUUCCACUUAGAAAUAAAAGCCAUCUGGCACUACUUUUGUGUCAUACUUCAUACUGAAUACAAAAGUUUUCACAGUUUGAUACUUAAUUGGCUGAAAAGGUUGGCAAAAAAAACGACUGUAAUGCCAGAUAGAUCCUGACUCUUGUGAUCGUUUUUAAAGUGGUGUAGAAAGGAUUGAUUUGAAUAUGAAAUGUAGUAUUUGUGCUAAUUUAGUAGAUGAUUGUUUUUUUAAAGCUUACCUACAUAAGAUAAAACUACAUAUCAUUUUUAGAGUUUUAUUACAAAUUGAACAGAUUUAAUGUAAGAUAUAAUAUGUACAUUUUUAAUUAAUUACCUAUCUUAAAAUAUCUAGAAUAAAUUUUUCAGAAUUUUUUUUGGCAUAUUUUUAUUUCACAUGGUGCUUAGGUACUGCUUACUCAUCAAUUUUCAACCGUGAUUCCAGGAUUGAGGUGGGACUACUCAUAAAAAU